AACUCAACUCCAAUCCGAGAAAACCAGAAAGGGAAAACGAGGAAUGGUUGGGUUGUCCGAUCGAACGUCCUUUUGUGCGUCACCCCUCACUCCAAAAGCGGAAGCCAAUUGCGCUUUUCCACCGCUCGGAUCGAGAGUUGAAUUCGAACUCCCUGUUGAAUCUUUCGCGAUGCGUGUUCGAGAGAGAUGAUUGGCCGGCCUUAGGGCAUAGGAAUCAAUCAUGGUCCCUCCCACAGCUCCGAGCAUUUCGAAUUCCCCCAAAUUGACGACCCCCCCCUCCCUCUCUCUCCUUUGCCCUAGCACUCGUCCUUGGCGCACGGCGUUCUCGCACUGAUUGGCGGCGAUUCGAAAUGCGGAUCGGCUGUUGAUGUGGAUUCUCGGCUUCUCUUUCCAGGGUUGUGGUGAUCUCAGGAUGGUUAUGCAUGCUGCGGGGUAUUCACUGAAUCUGAUGGAUAACCUCUUUGGAUAUCUUGUGGCUGGAUUCUUGUGGGUCCCAUUCACGACGGUACUUGUGAGGGGACUCUGUGGUUUUGUGGACUGAUGGAUCGCUGCUUGAAUAAUUCCGUUUUUGCUUUGAUUUGUUUCGUGAGGAUGGUAGGAAGAUCUUUGCUCUAACUAUUGAUUGGAAGCACAAGCUGGAAUUAAGACAACAGAAAGUGAAAUUUGUGGGAGGAGCUCUUUUAAAAGCACUGUCAAUGGAGAGCCAUCAUCCUUCAACAUUGUUGUCAAUGGACUCUGGCUUUUUGUCUCAUGAUGAAUUGGAGAGAGAGAUAGAUGGCUCGAUCAUCCAUGGAGGACCACCUGAUAUUAAUCUCCCUUUGUCAUCGAGGCCUAGUCCACCUCCUCUGGCUUGGAACGACCCUUGUGAUAAUUUGGAUGUCGGUUUGGGACCCCAACUUUACGAAACAGAGAUGAUCGUUAAUAUGCCAAAAAUGGGACGUAAGAGCAACAAGCGACUUGACAGUGUGUGGGGGGCCUGGUUUUUCUUUAGUUUUUACUUCAGGCCUGUUUUGAAUGAAAAGUCAAAGUCCAAAAUAGUUAAGGACCGUAAUGGUGUGUCUGGCUUCGAGAAAUCAGACUUGCAGCUCAAUGCUUUCUUGGUUCAGCACGACAUGGAGAACAUUUACAUGUGGGUUUUCAAGGAGAGGCCUGAUAAUGCUCUUGGCAAGAUGCAGCUGAGAAGUUACAUGAAUGGGCAUAGCCGGCAAGGGGAACGUCCAUUUCCCUUUAGCGUGGAUAGGGGUUUUGUACGAUCUCAUAGGAUGCAGAGGAAGCACUACCGUGGUCUCUCCAAUCCCCAGUGCGUUCAUGGGAUUGAAAUUGUACGGACACCCAAUCUUGUCAGUCUUGAUGAGCAAGAGCUGAAGAGGUGGAUGGAAUUGACUGGCCGAGAUAUGAACUUUUCCAUCCCUAUGGAAGCUGGUGACUACAGUUCCUGGAGAAAUCUUUCAAGCACUGAGUUUGAGCUUGAACGGCCACUGCCUCUAUCAAAGAGCAACACAAAUCAUCAAUCUAGGAAGUUGCUCAAUGGCUGUGGUUUAAAUCUGUCUACCCAGCCAUCGGACCAUAGUAAUGGUGAUGUAGUGGAUUUGUCACCAGUUCGCAACAAAAGGAAGAAAGAAUAUUCUCCGAAUGGAAAUAGUGAGGAGUUGAAUUUAUCAAAUGGUUCUCAUUCUGACAGAGGUUUGGAUCUGAAAAUUCACUCAGUUGAGCCGUCAUGGUAUAAUGCAUUUACUGGGGUCAUGAAGAAUGUCUGCGGCCCUGCUACAGCUGCAAAAACAAUAUAUGAAGAUGAUGAAGGGUUUCUGAUCGUUGUCAGCUUGCCUUUUGUAGAUCUUCAGAGGGUAAAAGUCACAUGGAAGAACGCUCAUUUACAUGGGAUCGUGAAGAUUUCCUGUGUUAGUACAGCUUGCAUUCCUUUUAUUUCAAGACACAACAGGACCUUUAAGCUAACAGAUCCAACACCGGAGCACUGCCCUCCAGGGGAGUUCAUCAGAGAGAUUCCCCUACCAGCCCGCAUUCCAGAAGAUGCUAAGUUGGAAGCAUAUUGUGAUGAGACGGGAACAUUGCUUGAGAUCAUUGUACCCAAACAUCAUACAGGACCUGAAGAACAUGAGGUUCGUGUAUGCUUCCACCCCUCCACUUGGAGUGAUUGAGCAUUGGUCAGCUGUGAGGAGGGAUUAGGUCAUGUGAGGUUUGGCAUUAUCGUGGUCGCUGCUUCGUUGUUAACUUAGUUUAUUUCAUAGAAGACUUAGAGAUUGAAGUCUGUGAUCUCUCUGGAUAAUAUGCAUGUCUUUGUACUUACUUUAAUUAUUGAUUCUCAACUCUCAUCG